UGUACAAUUUUUAUACUUAUUUUUAUACCAUUUCUUUAUAAUUUUUGACAUCACUCGCUCCUGCACUGACCUUAAUUCAGAAAACUUGAGCAAUGCUGACUUCGCAUGAAAUUUUCGUGGGGUAGUUCAUGAAGAACUCGGAGCGAAGGAGCAUUUACAAGCAAAUCAAGGAUCUAGUGAAGAAAGCUCAGACUGUUGCACAAAAGGAGCUCGAGCAGAGACGCCAGCGACUUCAAGCAAAGUUGGAGCUCGAAGAUAAGUUAUACCAGGAGGAGUUUGCCGAGAAUGUGAAGUCACGCAUCAUUGAAAUCAAAAGCGAGCGCGAUCGUCGCGACAAAGAGUUCCUGCAGGAGAUGAUUAUUAAAAGAGAGCUCGAAGAUUGUUACGAAAUACGUGAGGCGUUAUCGCGCAGGGAUAUGCUGCAAGUUAAGGAGGCGCAGUUAGAGCAAAUUACUGAAAAGCAACGUGCCCUCAUACGGCAGCGUCAGACGGAUGAGUAUUGGAGGAAGGUGUGUGAUACACACUCUCAGCACUACAAAAAGCAGCUGGAGAAGGAGCAGAGAUUGUUAAAAAAUAUGAAAGCUCACAAAGGCAAGGGCUUGGAUGAGCAAAUCGCAUUGCACCAGCACGAGCGUGAAUUGGAACUUGAACGCAAGCGUCAGGAGGCAGAAGAGUUGGCGAAACAUCUACACGAAUUAAGCUUAGAAAAAUGUAGGUUGCGCGUGCCGCCGAAGAUGCAAAUAUAUCGAAAGGAACUGCUGGACAUGAUCGCCGAGAAAAAAGCAAAGCGUGAGGGAGAGGAGCGCGACCGCAUCGAGGAACACCGUAAGUUGAUGCGGGAAAUCGCGAGUGAGCAGCAAGAUCACAGCGCGGCUUUACUGCAACGGAAACGCGCAGUCUACAAAGCCACAAUGGAAUAUAUAGACUAUGCACGUCGCUUACACAAACUGGAGGAUUAUGCACAGGCAGCGCGCUAUGCACGCAUCGACGAUUUGCGACACGUGGACAUAUGCACGAAAAGCAAUUUGGCGCUGGAGGUGAAGCGCAAGGCAGAGUUGGCAAAGCUCUACUACGCAGAGCUGCUGCGUCAAAUGUGCGAGGAGUAUGAACGGCGGCAGCGUGAGGCGCACGAGAGGCGCGAACAAAAGAUAAUCAAAAAUCGAUUUGUACACCCAGAGAAAUCAAAGGCUGAACUGCUGGCUGAACAGCAUAAAGUGCGUGAGGAGUUGGACCAUCAACUGGCCGAGAAUGCGCGCCUACAGGCCGAGGAGGAGGAAAAGUAUAAUAAACAAUUGGAAUUGGUGGCGGAUGACAGGGACUUUUGCAAAAGAGUGGCGGAGCAAUAUAUCGCUGAUCAAAAGGACCAUCUUCCCACUCAUCCCAACUGGUUAAUAUACCAGUGUCCAAACAAAAACUUUGCAGUUAAAUGUGUUUCGUCCGAAGUGCAAGGUCUGAGCAAGUCGGAAGUCAAGCUCGAGCGUGAUGAUGCUUACAUAGAACCCUGGGGUUGUUUUGCUCGAUUGCCCAAUGAUUGUGUGAAUCACAGUUAUCUGUCGCCGCUAAAGCGUGGACUGAAUGCUGAUCAAAAAUUGCGUAACGCAACUUUGUGUCUGCCGCGGGAGUCAGUGGUGGUUCUUAGAUAAUUUUUGUAGAAAGCCAAUAAAAUAAACAAAAAACGGAAAGAAAUAA